AUGAAGCUGGCUUUUACCGUUCUUGUGCUCGCCCUAACCCCCACCGCCACGGUCAGCGCGCCCCUCCAGCAGCGCUCCCGAGCACUGUUGAAGAAGUUCACUUCACUCGUGGUCUUCGGCGAUAGCUAUACCGAUAACGGGGUCCGAUCAUACACGCCGCCAGUUGCAGCUGAGUCAACCAAGACAAGUGACGGCGGUCGUGUUUGGCCCAGUUACAUACGUCAAUACACCGGGGCCAACAUCUACGACUACGCCAAGUCAGGUGCGGUUUGCGAUGUUGUUGUCGCAGGCACAGUUCGCAACGCCGUGAAGCAGAAUCAGGUCCCUACCUUUUUGGCGGAUAAUGGUUAUGUGAGCAAUACAACCGGACAGCCUGCCCUGGUCAAUCCGCCAGAUGAAACGGUCUACGCCAUCUGGAUUGGCACCAACGACAUUGGCUACGGUGGCUUCCUCACCGAACUAGAGCCCGCGGGAAUGCCUCUGACAUAUAUGACUGAUUGUGUCUACGCACAACUUGAUCGGCUUUACGCGACAGGCGCGCGAGUCUUUGUGCUUAUGAACAUGGCGCCAUUGGACCUGACACCCUUGUAUGCUCUUCCGCAGAAUGGCGGCUCAGUGAACGCGCAGUAUUGGACCGACAAAGCCGCUUAUGACUCCAAUAUCACUCGACCAAGCGAGAAGAUGCGCCAGUAUGUAAAAAUGGUCAACACUGUGUAUGACUAUCAAACACCAUAUGAUGUCGUCGUCGCAGAUCGAUAUCCGCAUAGUAUUUUUGCUGUUUAUGAUGUGCAUGCUUUGAUGACUGAUAUUUGGGCAAACCCUUCGCAUUAUUUGAAUGGCACUGCACCGUACAACGUCACCAGUUCUGUUUACCGCUGUGGCAGCCCCUGUGCAUCCAAUGAGGCUCGAGACAGCUACUUGUGGUAUGAUGAUCUUCAUCCAUCGGAGCAGACGGAUCGUAUCAUUGCGCGUGAGUUUGUCAACCUCGUCAAGGGGCAGAGCAAAAGGCCUGCAGAAACCGCAAAUUCGCAUUUCGAGGAAGAAACAACCCUCUCGCCAGGGACGAUCUCCAGCUCAGAUGAGUAUGCAGCGAACCCACGAUUCCUGCAGCUACAGGAGGAGUUGCGGGAUGUACUCUUCACGGCAGUGGCCAGUCAUGCUCCCACGAGGCAUCAGUCGCCGAGACCGUCUGAUCCGGUCGAGGACUCCGCGUCGGGGCUUUUGAGGAACAGUUUGGAUUUCGCAGAGGUCUCGAUCCCGAAGAUCAGGCUGAUCCACUACCUGAAAAACUGGAUCAUCGAGUGCGCUCCUCACCUGGAUAAGUUCGAUGAACAAAAUCAUUUUGGUGUGCAUAUUCCCGUCCUUGCUCAAAGCUCCCCUGCUUUGUUCUACGCCAUCUUGGCCUUUUCGGCCCGGCAGACCGAACGCAAGGCUUGCCUGGACAAGUCAUAUGAUAGUCUGGAGCUCUACCAACAGUCUAUUCGGCUGCUGAGUCCGUAUCUCGAAGCAAAAGAUCCAAAUGUGCUAGUGACGGUCUGUAUCCUGGGGUGUCUAGAGCUGAUGUCGGUAAGCCCGAGAGACUGGAGACGCCAUGUCGAGGGCUGCGCAGCUCUCUUCGACGCGUAUAACGUCAACGGUUUCUCUGGUGGUCAUCUUCAGGCCGUCUUCUGGUGCUAUGCACGAAUGGAACUGUGUGGGGCAAUUAUCUCAGAGGGAACAGAAGGCACUAUACUUCCCCUUCACAAAUGGGUCCCUCCGCAGGCCGCCGAUUCUGAAGAAGAGCGCGACAUCAUGAUCAAGAAUAUGUUUUGCCAGGAUGGCUGUUCGAAUCCUGACAGGCACGCAAACUGGGCAGUGUAUCUCUGCGCUAAAACGUGCAAUCUGGCAUGCCGGCGAUCACGAUUCCUGGAACUGGGCGAGUUGGAUCAGAACGACACGAGACCGUUUUCUGAACAAUGGAGUGGACUCUGGGACGAGCUGCAAUUUUGGCACGAACAUCGGUGUCCUGCCAUGCUCCCGAUCCGAACUACGACGACUGGCGGCGAUCAGAUAUUCCCAGAUAUCCUCUUUGCGCACUGGGCAGCAAUCUCCGGCAACCAGCUAUAUCACACUGCCUGCAUCAUGAUGCUGCAGAUGAAACCAGCAAACACCCCGCUCCUUUCUCCAAGCCCACACUCUUCCCCUGUUUGGCAUGCGAGGAGGGUUUGCGGAAUCUCAUUGACGAACCCUCACAGUGGUAACCUCAUCAACGCAAUCCAACCACUCUAUAUCGCAGGAAAGCUUUUGAGUCAUCGAAGCGAGCAUCUCGAGGUGGCCCGACUAUUCAAGAAGAUCGAAACAAGCACCGGAUGGGGUGCCCUGUGGAGGCUGAGGGAUCUUGAGCGAGCAUGGGGUUACGAGACAGGCGAAAUUCUCUCAGCUAUAUGA